UCGCCUGAAAGGCUGGGGUUGGGUAGGCUAUGUAGGCAGUGCAUAGGCCUUGGUGACAUUUCAAUGGCCGUACGGUGUCUGUCGUUUCUUAUUUAAACCCGAAAUUCCAUCUUUUACACUGAAGCAGCGCCACCAGAUUCCAAGAUGAAGGCUGUAUUGUUGUGUUUGGCCAUCCUGGUAUUUGACCAGACUAGUGCUCAGUCCUGUCUAAGACAAGAGAAUGUCGCUCAAUGGCAGAAAGUCAAAUCUAGCACGACGUCAAGUGACUACUUUUACAUCGCUGGCCUGUUUUCCGUCCGCGAGGCUGGUACAGCAGGGGGAGAUUGUGGAAAAUUCAGGCUGGCAGGGAUACAGUUCUUAGAGGCAUUCCUUUUUGCCGUCAGAAAUGCCAAGGCCACGACUAAAGUUCUUAAAGGUCUGACUGAUGUUGCCGCUAUUGGAUUCGACGUAUGCUCAACGCCAGACAUUGCAAUUGAAAAGAUCCUGAAUUUUGAGAAAUGCGUUAUUCGUUACGGAGGAACGAAUGGAUACCCCAAUGUUGAACCCUCGAGAACUUUCGCCUACAUUGGUCCUGAACAGAACGUUGUAAGUGGAGUCUCAAAGCUGAUCAGCUCUCUUCCCAAGGCAGACAUCGCAGUUUCGUCUACCCAGUCUUACCUGACAAAACCAGGCUGGUCCGCAUACCAGUUUCGGACAGUCGCCAGUGAUACCAAGCAACUGGCAGCCAUCGUGGAGGUGCUGAAGAUCCAGAAGGUUGCCGUGGUUCAGGUGGUCUACUCUAGCUCCAUGAUGGGCAAGAGCAUGUACGAAUCGUUCAAGAUGUUGUCCAAUGGUACCGUGUGUAUUGAACAGGCACUGAUGGUGAAUCCGAACGAUAAUAUCGGCCUUUACAGGGACACGGUGAAGCAGCUCAAGUCCAAGAGGAAGACAAGGGCUGUCAUCCUGCUUUUGGACAGCAAAAUCACUGAGGACAAGGCAAAACCAUAUCAGGUGUGGAAAGUACUGCGUGCCACUGCUUUGGAGAGGGUACAAGGCUCGUUCACGUGGUAUUCCACAGACGCGUGGGAUCUCGAUAAACUCGACCUGACCGGUGUGGAGACCGCCGCUCUGGGAUCCAUCGUCAUCGCACCCAAACUAGGUGGAGAGGACAAGUUUCAAUACGAACAGUUUUCAAAGGCUUUCAAGGCACUAAGGCCGCGUGCAAAUAUGGACAACCCUUGGUUUGACAGGUUCUGGGAGGAAAAAUUCGAAUGCUCAUUGAGUCCGCCCACAGGAAAAGCAUGUGAUGCGACACAUGUUGCUCUUUGGGAGCAAUUGAAGAUCGAUAAAAGGGUAUCUUAUAUCAUCCAGGCGGUGAAUGCUGUGGUGAAGGGGCUCGAGAUCAAGAGAGCCGAAAUCUGUGGAGUGGCAGCUAACAGUAGCGAUCUGUGUUCGAUGUUUAUGACGAGGGGGACAAUAAUGGCUGAGGUGGCGAGCUCCAUCAAGACAAACAGCAAGAAAGAACAGAUACAGGUGUUUGACAGUCGGGGUGACGCCUUUACGACCAUGCUCAGCAUCAACAACAUCAGGAAGGGACUUGGCGGUACACCUGACAUAGUAGAGGUAAUGUCGUACACUCAGCGAGGGAACUUGGUACCUGUAGUGGAUCGGAAAAGUGAUCCCAUCACCUACGACGACAAGUCCAAUGAAAUCAUCAGGUUCGAAUCAAAAUGCGACUAUCUCUGCAAGGUAUGUGCUCCACCGACAAUCGGUCCGAUCGAUCCAGUAGCGCCAACAGAAGACCCGAACCUGCCCACCACGCCUGGAGGCAAUGCCAGCAACGUAACCAUCGCCUACCGGGCCGUCAGGGACGACAUCUGGGUCAUCCCCCUCAUGAUACUAGCCGGUCUUGGCAUCUUCAUCGUCCUCUGUUUCGAGAUCUACGUCCUCUCCAAACUCAUCGGCACCAAGGCGAUUAGAAUGUGGCGGACGAUGUGGUUGGGCCAACUUCUACUGGUGGCAGUCAUCCUGUCCUACAUGGUUUGUUUCCUGUUCAUUCCAACUCCAACUAAAUGGACCUGUGGCUUGAUCAGAUUCGGUGUCGGGGCCAGCUAUUCAAUGAUCUACGCCGUCCUGCUGGUCAAACUCAUGAUCAUCCUAAGCUCCAAAAGUAUCGGUUACCUAAAGGGCGUCUACCAGGUCCUGAUGUUCCUGUUCGCUUGGGCGGUUCAACUAGUCAUUGAUGCAGAAUGGCUAAUUCUUGUCCCAGCCAAGGCAGAUGUAAUCGAUGGCAAAUGGCAGUGCGUCCAUCAGACCUUAGUCCCAGGACAAGAACGGUUGUACACAGCCCAUGUCAUCUCGUUAAUCUACUGCAUGUUACUGAUCGUCGUCUGUACCUUCAUUGCCAUCCGAACCCACGGUAUCACCACUAAUCACCGAGAAGGCAUCUUUGUCGGCCUGGCCGCUGGCUUCUCAGUCCCACUCUGGCUGGCUUGGAUCCUUGUCGGACAACUCAACGGGAACAGGGCUUUCGAAGACCCCGCUCUAGCUUACGGUCUCUUCCUGACGGCGACCCUGGUCCUAUUUGUGAUGUUCCUGCCCAAGGUCCGCCAGCUGAACACCCUUGGUGUUGAGGGCAUCUACCUAGAGGAUGACAAGGACGACGACGCGGAUGUCUACGGGAGUGUCUUGUACGGUCCACCAAGCUACAAGAGCAACAGGGCAGGAUCUGUCUACAUGAUAAACGGAGAUACCUACGCUAACGUCAACCCAGCCUUCCUCAACAACACCAUCGCUUCUCAAAACGAUUACUCUUCGGAUCCAAAUUAUUCCAACGUCAGAGAGAUGCGCCAGAAGAACUCUUUGUAUCUGCGUCACCCAAGGAGCGCCAAGGGUGGAUCAGUGUACAGAUCCACGGGGAGUAUGUAUGGUACUCUUGGGGCAGGCAGCAAGGUCCUCAGGCCAACCAGAGACUUGACAGGGCACUUCCCUCUCAACAAGAAGGCUCAAUCUGAGUACGGUUAUGCUACCACCAAGACCGUCAAAAGUGAAAGGUCUAUCAAGACUCAUGGGACCUUAAAACGUGCUCACUCCCUUACCGACCUAGGGGCUUUGUAAACUUGCCAUUGUGAGAGACAGACUGGGAAAGCCCAACAAACAGAAUCCAUGACUGAAGCACAAUCAAUCAACAUUCAAAAGCUUUUCAUAUAGUGGACACUUAUAUUAGCCCCUUACGAGCCCAGUUUCAGACAAGUUCAUCCAAUGUGGCUGCAUUUGGCACCACAGAGGGGUGAAGCUAAAAUAAUGAGAUGACUGGAAAUGAUCUUGUUUGGAGGCUUCUGAUCUCCAUUUUCACGUUUGUUUCCCAGCCAUUUCUUUGGAGACAAGUACCUAGAUAAGAAUCUACCUCAUGGUAGGAUACAUCAAUCUUGUUGUAAUAUUCCGACUUACUCCAUUUGAUGCCUACCUGUUCUAGAUUUAUGUUAUUGACAGAGUGUUUCCUAUUUCAAUGCCUUCAUCGAUUUUCUGAUAUCUGAAGGAACAACAGCCACUUUCAAAUCCGUCCAAUUUUGUAUCAUGGGUAGUUUGUAAUAUUAUUGUAUGUAGGUAGUUUUACUGAAAACUAACAGAAAUAUGCCUCUGAAGUCACGACAAAACUGACAGGUUGUGUAUGUUUGUGGGCUUGGCUGAGUGGUGUCACAACCUCAGCACAACCAGAGAGAUGAAGAUUGUGAAGCGGUCUUAUAGCCAAAUCGCAGUGCUCUUGAAUUGAGUUGGGUAGUUAUCAGACCAAUUCAGGCCAACUUCUUUACCCUGAAUCCAAUACUCCUAUUUGCUCCAGACACUCUGGAUAUGCGUCAGGACACAGGCCCCCACCAUUGGCAAGAGUUGCGAAGUGGUUUUAGAUAAGUGUACAGAACUUUAAAAAUGAUUUAGCAUUGUAUCAUAAGGUAAUAAGUGUAUUUAUCAUGCAA